AGCGAGGAAGGCGGGGCGCGGGGCGGGGCCGCUGCAGGGGCGGGGCCUACGGGCGAGGGGCGGAGUCCCCGCGCCCCCCGCCGGACCCUGCCUGCUCCCGCGCCGCCGGCGGCGCGGCCAUGAAGCUGAAGCUGAAGCUGAAGAACGUGUUUCUCGCCUACUUUCUGGUGUCGAUCGCCGGCCUCCUCUACGCGCUGGUGCAGCUCGGCCAGCCGUGUGACUGCCUCCCUCCCCUGCGGGCAGCGGCAGAGCAGCUUCGGCAAAAGGAUCUGAGGAUUUCCCAGCUGCAAGCCGAUCUCCGACGCCCACCCCCUGCCCCUGCCCAGCCCCCUGAACCCGAGGCCCUGCCUACUAUCUAUGUUGUCACCCCCACCUACGCCAGGCUGGUGCAGAAGGCAGAGCUGGUGCGGCUGUCCCAGACACUGAACCUGGUGCCCCGGCUGCAUUGGCUGCUGGUAGAGGACGCCGAGGCCCCCACCCCGCUGGUCUCGGGGCUACUGGCUGCCUCCGGCCUCCGCUUCACACACCUGGCCAUCCUUACCCCCAAGGCCCAGCGGCUUCGGGAGGGGGAGCCAGGCUGGGUUCGGCCCCGUGGUGUAGAGCAGAGGAACAGGGCCCUGGACUGGCUCCGGGGUGGAGGGGGUGCCAUGGGUGGGGAGAAGGAUCCACCCCCACCAGGGACCCAGGGAGUCGUGUACUUCGCUGACGAUGACAACACCUACAGCCGGGAGCUCUUUGAGGAGAUGCGCUGGACCCGUGGUGUCUCAGUGUGGCCAGUGGGCCUGGUGGGCGGCCUGCGAUUCGAGGGCCCCCGGGUCCAGGAUGGCCGGGUGGUGGGCUUCCACACGGCAUGGGAGCCCACCAGGCCCUUCCCCGUGGAUAUGGCAGGGUUCGCUGUGGCCCUGCCCUUACUUCUGGCUAAGCCCAAUGCCCAGUUUGAUGCGACGGCUCCCCGGGGCCACCUGGAGAGCAGUCUUCUGAGCCAUCUUGUGGAUCCCAAGGACCUGGAGCCACGGGCUGCCAACUGUACUCGGAGGAAGAUGAGAGCCAGGGAAGGAAGAUGGUUUCCUGCCACCCUGUCUCCCACAGUCCUAGGAACCCACGUGCCACAGAGUGGGCAAAGGGGUACUGGUGUGGCAUACACGGACAGAAAAGCCCAAGAUGAAGCAGGAAGAGCAGCUGCAGCGGCAGGGCCAGGGCUCCGACCCUGCCAUUGAAGUGUGAUGGCGGCCCCACCCUGGCUACCACCUCUUUUCGGGCACAGACCUUGCAGGACUGGGCCCCCAGCCUGCCCAGGAUGUGGUUUUCCAAGUCCUGACCCCUCCGAGCCAGGGGCGGCUCCUCUGCCCCUCCAACCCUCAGGCGUGGCCCAGCUGCCUCUCCCCUCUUCCAGCCUGCCAUGUGGCACUGCCCACAGGCUGGGGGACAAGCAGCCCUUGUACUGAGCCAGGUCAGCCCAGCCUGGGAUGGAGCAGCAGGACAGAUGGGCUUAAGAGGGAGGGCGGCUGAGUAACUGGGUAACUUAUUGGGGCUGGGCAUGCACUGGGGGGCUGGAGGAGCUGGGCUGGACCCUCCCCACCUAAGCAUGCUGACCCCCCCCAACCAACCCUUGCCUCCAGAAUAAAGACUCUCAAUCUGGAGGGGCCUCUGUUUUCCUUCA